CCGUCAUUAAUAACGAAUUAUCUAUAUUAUAUACAUAAAUUUGUGCAUAAUAUUUACGAAUAAACGAAAAUUUCGAAUUGUUCCAAUGUUGAGAACUAUAACAAUUGUUCAAAAUUGUAUUGUGUUACAUUGGUUGUGUUCCUAAUAAUGUGAUUGGUGAAAAUAGUUUUUCAGUUAUUUAUUUAAAUUGAAAACAUUUUUUAUAAAAUUUAUGUGGUUUUUUUAAAGUUUAAAUUUUUUGUGUUUUGUUUUUCAUAUGGUUAUUUCAAACUGAAGAGAAAUGGCUACAGCAACAAGAUUAUUACAUCCACAUAAAACACAUCAUUUAUACAGCAUCACAAGAAAUAUACUAUUUAGUAUAAUAAUAUUUUCAUCAAUUACAUGGGCCCUACCGCCAUCAAUUAUAUCCAAUCCCACAUCUACAUCGUCCUCCGCAUCUGUUGAAGAUGUCCACGUAGAAUGUACAAGUUCACAUAUGAUAAUUCAUAUACGCACUGGUGGUGAUUAUGGUACUUUUAAUUCAGAGGAACAAACAUCUGAUGAUACAAAUUCAUUAUUAUAUGAUUAUCAACAAAAUGUAUUUAAUGGUUUAGUAUAUCCAAAAGGUUUAUCACGAAAUUCAACAUGUAUGACGGAAUAUAUUCAUCAAAAGGAUCCAAUCGUUUAUCGAUUACCAUUGCGAUCCUGUAAUACAAUGAGUUCACAAAUGGAUGACGGAAGUGUUGAAUAUUUUAACACAAUUGUAGUUCAACCACAUCUAAAACUUGUAACGAAUCAAGGACGUGACUUCAUUGUUCGCUGUAAAGAUAACAAUCCUGAAAAAAUAAUUGUUUUUAAUGAACCUUUCAACACAGGAAAAGAACCGAAACCAUUACCAUCAAUCUCUGAACUACCAAGAGCGACAAUGAAAAUAUUCUACGGUGAUCCGAAUCAAAAUGAAAUUGCAGCAAAUGUGAAAAUUGGUGAUCCACUAUCGAUUGUAGUGGCUCUUGAAAAACAAAAUGAUUUUGGUAUAAAAGUAUCGGAUUGUUUGGUAAAAGAUGGUCUGGGAUGGGGUGAACAACGUUUAAUCAAUACAGAUGGAUGUCCAGUCGAUGGUGAAAUCAUGGGAAUGUUCUCAUAUAAUGAAGAUCGAACUCGUGCUGAAGUACAUUUUCAAGCACACAAAUUUCCAUACACGAAAAGUGUAUACUACCAAUGUAAUGUGAAACUUUGCUUAAAGAUUGAUGGAAAAUGCGAGAAAAUAACGCCUCCAAAUUGUGCAAAAAAUCGUGGCCGACGUCAAGCGAAGGAUGCAAAUGAUGGUGGUGUACCAGCAACGAUUGAAGUAUUUAGCGGAUUAUACGUAAAUGAAGCAAACGAUUUAAGCAAAAUUGAUCCCUACGAAGAUGAUGUUAUUGCUCGAAAGAAUCCAGAAGACAGUAUAUGCGUUUCGCAAAGAACGUUUGCAAUCGCAAUAUCCGUAGCUGGAUUAAUACUUAUGCUUUGUGUUGUUCUUGCCAUAAUUAUACUUUUAGCGCGUCGUCGAACAAAGAAGGUAUCUUCAGUACCAGGAAGCUCGAUCUACAGUGGUCCAUACACGAACACUGCUUAUAGCCAUACUAGUUAAGUUUAAUAAAUUAGAUCCAUUAAAUAUUAAUACGAAAUUAAUUUUUUGAAACAGCAACGUAAUCGA